AUGAUCUCUACCAAUUCAAACAACUCAAGCUGCGCCCCUACAGUGAACUCGAGCACAUUCGAUGGCUCGCUUGUUCAGUUGGUAUACGACGCCACGGCAACAAGUUUAUCCUCUUCGAGCACAGGACAACAGCCAUUGGCCGAGCUCUCAAACGCUUUCAGUCAUCGAGACUUGAGCAGCAUCCUCGGAGAUGCCAUAAAAAUCGUCCAAGAAGAUGGUUUAUUCUUUCCUACCAAUGAUGUCGACGAUCUCUUCAUUGUGCAGUCUCAAGGAGGAGCUCCAACAAGGCAGUAA